GAUGUCUCCACACACAUCUUGUAAUACAUGGUAGCAAUUAUUUGGAACAAUUACAUGUAGAGCUUUCAUCACCAUUGAUGCUACUGAUUACUACAAUAGCCAAAGAGGACAACUGGCACACAUUUGCAACAUUACAUAUGGAUAACAUAAUCAAAGGUAGUAUUUUCAAGACACUAGAAUUGAGUAUUUUUUUUAAAACACUGUGGGGUGGGAAGUAUCUUGGUGCAUUAGUCAUAAUGGGGGACAUGGAUUUCAUUUAGGGGUGAGCAGGGUGCUUUUAUGUUUAAGUUGUACCUUUCACAGUACAAGAUGCUUCAAUUGUUUGUUUACAGAAUAAAGUCUUCCACAACAAUAACACCAGCUCCAUUGUUAUUGAAUUAUACAACCCACUUUUUACAGGGCAUAGAAUUUAUGAUUCUAAAACAAAUGGGGAUUCUUGUUUAUUAAAGAACAGUUUUUCCACUCCCUUUCUCUCCCCUUUCCCCAUGCUUCCACAUGCAUAUGUCUUUGUUAUAUGGUUUAGGAGCUGCCUAUAAAGAAGACCCAUCAAUUACUUCAGUACAUAAAAGGGACUAAAGUACCAUUUCUUUGUAACAAUAAUAUCUGCCCAGUGGCAGGGGUGAGGAUCGAGGACCCUCCACACAACCAGAAUAUUUUCUCCCUUCACUUUUAGUUGCAAAUGGUUAUCAGUCAACAGGCAUUUAUUAAGCUCUUAUCAUAUAAAGGAGUUAAGUUCGGAGUGGGGGGGAGGAGGAAUUUUUUUAAAAAUGCAAAAAUUAUUUUAAACAAUUCAAAAGAAAUGUCAAAAUCUCCAAAGCAGUUUUGAGUAUACCUUUGGUUGACUGCUAUUCCAGAAAAUUUUUAGGUUUUUUGUUUUUUCCUUAAGCGUUGAACUCAGAAGACCUGAAGUUGAAUCCUACCUGAUAACACUAGUUCUUUUUCUCAAUCAUUUCACCUCUCCAAGCCUCAGUUUUAUCAUGUAUAAAGUGUGUGUGGGGGGGUGAUAUCUGCACUACCUACCUCACAGGGUCUUUGUGAAUCUCAGAAUGCUGUGUAACUGAAGUUAUAUUUACUUUUUAGUUUUUUUUUCCUUUUCCUGUCAGGCUUUUUCUUGUCUAAUUGUGAAUCCCAGUAUGUAGAUGGUAUUAAGGAAGUGAGCAGUGGCAGAGAAGUCUUUGAAGACUGAAGUUUCAAAUGAAGAUAUAAGAAGGCUUUUCAAAAGUCUAGGUUGCAGCUGACACUUAAAAGAGGUUAGAAACUUGCAGACGCCCAAUCACUUCUCUCCUCCCAAUCCCCAGGCCCCUGGAAACUUGGAGGAGGAGGAGGAAAAGUCUCACCUUCUUUUAAAACUACUUGCAGAUGUGAGCACAAUUUCAGAAUUGCUCACAACGGGGGUUUUGAGACUUCCUUGGCUAUCCCCUCCUCCCUCCUCAACUUCCCCCAACGUAUGUUUUUCUUUAAGAGGAUCGGCUGACUUGUGUGUGGCUCUUACCACGCUGAUCCUGGCCGCCCGGUUUAAUUCGCUCACCUCUCUCCUGCACAUUCAGGCUCUCAUCUCCUCCCUGCUUCGAAAUAAUCCCGAGCGGGAUCUGCCAAUAUUAGAGAAACUUUACUUCUAAGGCAAACCCACAAAUGCCUUUUCUUUCACCACGUGAGAAAUGAGGAAAACCAACAGCAAGAUCUUGAUGUUUCCUCCCGCCGCUGCAAUGUGGAGUAUGAUUUUGAAUUUUUCUUUUUUUACUUUCAGUUUUGAGUUCAGAUGUGCUGAUGUGCAUACCGGAUUCAUCUUCCAGGAGCAGAAGUAGCAGCAGGAGCAGGGGGCGGCGGCGGCUUGUGGUAGAAGGGCUCAGCUUCGGAGCCUGGGCAGAAGGAGCUACGAGUUGGAGUCAGAGCCACACCAAGCCCCGGGGGGCAUCUCUUUCCUCUGGGAGAGGCCGUAGGAGGAGAAGCAGCCUCGAGAAGUUUGACUGCGAGUUAACCCGGCCUGGAGACAUUUUGACAGGCAGCAAUCGUGGGGCGCAGCGAAGACCCCAGUUGGACUAGGACCGCUUCCCCUCCUGUUCCCCAAGCCAGUUCUUCUCGCACCUUCCCGUCCACCUCCCUCCCUACCUGCCUGGCCACCCACACACGAGCUCCUUUCCAACUUUUCCUUUCCAAAAGGGGGUGGGGGCGCACACAGAAAUCUCUUCUCCUCUCCCUUGUGUUUUCGUUUCGGAAUGUCUCCAGACACCUAGCAGCCACAGUCUUGCCGAGGAGGAUCUAGGUGGAGAAGAGAAACUGUCCUCCCUGCCCCUUUCAAUCAACGUGGACAGUAGGUGGCUGAUCUCCCAAGUCCUUCUCUUUUUUUUCCUCCCCGUGAAGAGGAUGGGGAUGGAAAUGCUAUCCCAGAGGUUGGUCUUAUGGCUGCUGGCCUCGGCAUUGAUCUUCGUUGGGGAGAUAAGGGUCUCCUCUGGCUUCGAUUAUGAUUACACUUACGCUUUUCACGAAGAGGAUAAAACCGAGACGCUAGAUUAUAAAGAUCCAUGCAAAGCUGCUGUCUUUUGGGGAGAUAUUGCCUUAGAUGAUGAAGACUUAAGAAUCUUUCCAAUUGAUAGAACAAUUGAUGUUACACAGAACUCAUUUGAAAAACUUGGGCAUAUCACAGGUGGCCUGGGAGACCAUGGUGUGUCAGAGAAAAGAGGGGUUCUGUAUCAGCUCAUAGACAGGAUAAGAAGAUUUGGCUCUGGCUUAGAACAAAACAACACAGCCAUGGGAAAAGCAUCUGUAAAAUUCUCAGGACAAAAUGAGAAAAACCGGGUUCCCAGAGCUGCUACAUCAAGAACUGAAAGAAUAUGGCCUGGGGGUGUUAUUCCAUACCUUAUAGGAGGCAAUUUUACUGGCAGCCAGCGAGCCAUGUUCAAGCAGGCAAUGAGGCACUGGGAGAAACACACGUGUGUAACUUUUAUAGAAAGAAGUGAUGAAGAAAGUUAUAUUGUAUUUACUUAUAGACCUUGUGGAUGCUGUUCUUAUGUGGGUCGAAGAGGCAAUGGACCUCAGGCUAUCUCUAUUGGCAAGAAUUGUGAUAAAUUUGGAAUUGUUGUCCAUGAAUUGGGCCAUGUGAUAGGUUUCUGGCAUGAACACACAAGACCAGACCGAGAUAAGCAUGUAACCAUCAUAAGAGAAAAUAUCCAGCCAGGUCAAGAGUACAACUUCCUGAAGAUGGAGCCUGGAGAAGUGAACUCCCUUGGGGAAUCAUAUGAUUUUGACAGUAUUAUGCACUAUGCGAGGAACACCUUCUCAAGGGGGAUGUUUCUAGAUACCAUUCUUCCUUCCCGUGAUGACAAUGGUAUACGUCCUACAAUUGGCCAACGUACACGCUUGAGUAAAGGAGAUAUUGCACAGGCAAGAAAGCUGUAUAGAUGUCCAGCCUGUGGAGAAACACUUCAGGAGUCUACUGGCAACUUUUCUUCUCCGGGAUUUCCAAAUGGCUAUCCUUCCUAUACACAUUGUAUAUGGAGAAUUUCUGUGACUCCAGGGGAAAAGAUUGUCUUAAACUUUACUACAAUGGAUCUCUACAAGAGUAGUUUGUGCUGGUAUGAUUACAUUGAAGUCAGAGAUGGGUAUUGGAGAAAAUCACCUCUGCUAGGCAGGUUCUGUGGUGACAAAUUGCCUGAAGUUCUAACAUCUACUGACAGCAGAAUGUGGAUUGAGUUUCGAAGCAGCAGUAAUUGGGUAGGAAAAGGUUUUGCAGCUGUUUAUGAAGCAAUCUGCGGUGGUGAGAUCCAUAAAAACGAAGGCCAGAUCCAGUCUCCUAAUUAUCCUGAUGACUACAGACCUAUGAAAGAAUGUGUGUGGAAAAUAAUAGCAUCAGAGAACUACAAUGUUGGGCUAACCUUUCAGGCAUUUGAGAUUGAAAGACACGACACCUGUGCCUAUGACUACCUGGAAAUCCGAGAUGGGUCCAGUGAAAAUAGUCCUUUGAUUGGCCAUUUUUGUGGUUAUGAUAAACCAGAAGAUAUCAGGUCCACUUCUAAUACCCUGUGGAUGAAGUUUGUUUCAGAUGGAACUGUUAACAAAGCUGGGUUUGCUGCUAACUUUUUUAAAGAGGAAGAUGAAUGUGCAAAACCUGACAAUGGGGGGUGUGAACAGCAAUGUGUAAACACUUUGGGAAGUUAUCAGUGUGCUUGUGAACCUGGCUUUGAGCUUGGGCUUGAUAAAAGGAGUUGUGAAGCUGCUUGUGGAGGACUUCUGACAAAGCUCAAUGGCACCAUAACCACCCCAGGCUGGCCUAAAGAAUACCCUCCCAAUAAAAAUUGCAUUUGGCAAGUGGUGGCUCCAACCCAGUACCGAAUUUCUGUGAAAUUUGAAUUUUUUGAACUAGAGGGAAAUGAAGUUUGCAAAUAUGAUUACGUGGAGAUCCGAAGUGGAUUGUCCUCAGACUCCAAAUUACAUGGCAAAUUUUGUGGGGCAGAAGUGCCUGAAAUGAUCACUUCCCAGUUGAACAAUAUGAGGAUUGAAUUCAAAUCUGACAACACCGUUUCUAAGAAGGGUUUCAAAGCUUAUUUCUUCUCAGACAAAGAUGAAUGCUCUAAGGAUAAUGGUGGAUGUCAACAUGAAUGUAUCAACACUGUGGGAAGCUAUGUGUGUCAGUGCCGAAAUGGAUUUGUGCUUCAUGAGAACAAACAUGAUUGCAAGGAAGCGGAGUGUGAGGAGAAGAUUUACAGUCCAAAUGGAGUUAUUACCAGUCCCAACUGGCCAGACAAGUAUCCAAGUAGGAAGGAAUGCACGUGGGAAAUCAGUACUACUCCUGGACACCGAGUUAAACUAUCUUUCAGUGAGUUUGAGAUUGAACAACAUCAGGAAUGUGCUUAUGAUCACUUAGAAGUGUUUGAUGGGGAAACGGAAAAAUCACCAAUUCUGGGUCGUCUGUGUGGCAACAAGAUGCCAGAUCCCCUAGUGGCAACUGGAAAUAAGAUGUUCCUUCGCUUUGUUUCUGAUGCAUCAGUACAAAGAAAAGGCUUCCAAGCCCAGCAUUCUACAGAAUGUGGUGGUCGACUGAAAGCUGAAUCCAAUCCGAGAGAUCUCUAUUCUCAUGCUCAAUUUGGUGAUAACAGUUACCCUGUCCAAGUACAUUGUGAGUGGCUGCUAAUGUCAGAACGAGGAUCAUCAGUUGAAUUAAGUUUUCAGACUUUUGAGGUUGAAGAAGAAGCAGACUGUGGCUAUGAUUAUGUCCAGCUCUUUGAUGGUCAUGAUUCCACAGCUCGGAAUCUUGGUCGAUUCUGUGGCUCAGGUCCACCUGAAGAAAUCUAUUCAUCGGGGGAUGGUAUUUUAAUUUAUUUUCACACUGACGAUACAAUCAACAAGAAAGGAUUCCAUAUACGAUACAGAAGCAGAAAAUACUCAGCUACCACUCAUACCAAAAAAUAAUGCCAAAACCUCUAUGUCCAAAAGAAAAGGAGCAUGCUUGAUGGAAAGUUUUCCUUUUUUUCUUCUAAAGUUAUUAGCAUGAACGUUUUCUAUAAUGAGCUUGAAUCAACACAAAACUCAAAAACCCAGAUUGUUUCUGUUCCCAAAUUGAAGUAUUCAGAUAGCCCAGCAAAAUAGACGUGAUGGUGAUGGUUGGGCUCCAUAUUUGACAAUAUCUGUGAAGCUGGUGGGAUAGCAUUGCUUGUUUCCAGGAAAACCAGAAGAGCUUUUGUAAAACAACUUGAUUUUUGUUAUCAAUGCCUAGAUUUGGAAUCAAUUCCAUUCAGGAAAAGUGACCCUGCAGACUUCUUUCUACCAAUUGUUUGGUAUCCAGGAGGGAGGAAAACAAGCAAACAAACAAAAUAUAAUUACUACAGGUCACACGCAACCCGAUGUACUAUUUUUGUAUCUUAUUCUAAUUGCUUUGGCUUUGCAUCCAGGAUACAGUGCAAACCUGCAAGCCAAAUAUAUGAUAUGAUUUGACACAGGAAGGUCUUGUGAAGGUGAUCUGUGAGUGUUAAUUCAUUUCUUCAGUGUUUUGAAACUGAAAUGUGUCAGCUUCAUUGUUUUCAUUUUUAUUCCAGUUUACCAUAUUUGAAAUAGAACCAAUCUUUGCACUGUUUUACUUAGCUGACAUUUUCGCAUUUCCUGAAACUUCUAUUGUAUAAUCAUUAUUGCUAAUAUUAUACAAGCAUGGUUGCUGUUAGUCCCCCAAAAUUCUGAGUUUAUAGGUAAAGUCACUUUUCUGUGAAGAUUUUUUCUUCUUACCCACCUUAAAUCCAAGAAGUCAUGUGGUGUCUUUAGAACCUAACAGGAAAUAAGCCUUGGGAACAGGAUUCUUCAUGCUGGCUACUCUUAUACAGCAGCUGGUGAUGAUGUCCUCACCACUGCUUGUCUCUUCCUUUGGAACAUUUUGUGUAAAAUUGCUGUCGACAUUGUUACAUUUCGUUUAGCUAACCAGAAAUGACACUGAGUGAUAACCAAAUAGCAGCCUCUGGACCAGUUGUAAGAUUUCUCCCCUACCCUGGGAGUGAGUAAAGAAAUUUUUUGGCGGCUAAAAUGAUUUGUUGCUGAAAAGGAAUUUCUAUGGUGCUAUCCCAUGAACGUUUUUUUUUAUUGUUGUUGUUGAAGUUUUAGACCUUUGAGCCAACAACCUGAAGUUCAUGAAUGUCUCCCAAUGCCUGGCUGGCUUCAUUAGAAGACUAAAGACUUUUUAAAUGUAUCAGUAGAUUCUUGUGUUGGCAGUACUGGUCCUGUGGAACAUGGACUUCUAAUGGCCUUAGAAAUCUUGCACAUGAUCAAAUAGAUCUUUCUGUAGAUAUGUCUUUGAUUCGAUAAAUGAUUUUGACAAGUUGAACAUUUUAAUGUUAACACUAUGAUUUCCAAGAAAAAUCAUUUCCACGACUAGAGCAUCUAAUAUAAAUAUGAAGGCAUGCUUUUGAUACAGAAAUGUUAUUUUAGAUGGAAUUCUGUGCUUUAGGCUGUAUGUGAUGUUAAUGUAUAUGCCUAUGUGUGGGUGUAUGUAUGAGAGAAUGCUGCAAGGGGAUGAGAGAUGUUGUGUGUUUGGACAGCUUUACUUUCCAUGCCAACUUAUGCUGGAAGCUCGUUUAGCACCUUUUCAUUGACAGUUUCAUGGGUAAACAAUAGGGAUUUUUAAUCCCUACAGACUCAGUUACAAGGAAGCGUGUGAUUUCACUUAGAAGAAAUGUUAUUUUGAUGCUCGGUGAUGUAGGCUGCUACCCAGAGUAACUUGGUUUCUGUUACUUGUCCAUGAACAUUCACUGGCACUAAUAAAUUAGAUUGUUUUUUC